UUUCUGUUGGAAUUCAUUAAACGUUUUACCGCACAGCUCGACGUACAAACUUACGAUCCGCCGAGCCCGAGUCCGAUUCCGAUUCCGAGUCCCCGAGUCCGAGUCCGAGUCUGAGUCUGAGUCAAAGCCAAAGCCAAAGCCGAGCAACAAAGGCAGCACACACAAUUUUUAAAUACAGCGCAGCGCAGAUUCGUCGCAACUCAGCUCAAUUACCGUCUACAAUAAAACACUUCAACUAAAUCAACAUGAAAUUCUUAGUCACCAUUGCCGCUCUGUGCCUGUGCCUGGCCUUUGCUGCCGGCCAGCAAUACUUUCUAGGACAAUUUCCCACCAGAUCCCGCUUCGCCUUCGACACUCUCUCCCUGGCACAGCCCUCUGCUGCGCAGGUGCGCGAUCCCCGCCAAAAUCGAGGACCCGUUGUGUUCCCACCCUCGCCGCCAGAUGCGAUUGAGGAGUCGAGCGGUGUUGUUGUUGGCGCCUCUGGUUUUGGUUUUGUGCCGCCACAGCAAAGUAAUUCACUCAGACGCACAAUCUUUGGUUAACUGCACACACACGCACACACACACACACAUACACAGCCAUAAGCACACACACGCACACAAGCUCACACUCAGUUACAGCACAGACAAUGCCAAACAGCGGAAACGGAAAUGCGCGUCACAGUUAAUCGCAAUUUGAGCGUUCGCAGCACUUAAUCAACUUCAAGCUAAGCCCCACAGUCGGCCACAGCACACAACAACAGCCCUAACCCAUCCCACACCCACGCCCACGCCCACACCUACACGCACACCCACCCACAUAAGCCGCACUUGCUAACAUAAUAAUAACAACUAAACUAUGUCAAAGUAAUAUUGCUUAUUAGCAAUUAUUUAGUCUAAUUAUUGUUAUUUAGUUGCAAACACAAUAAUUUUAUUUUUCGUUUUGCUUUUUA